AUGUCUGCUCCACAAUCGAAACGUGUAUGCCAAAUCAUCAAGCUCAAGCCGGAGGCAGAGGCAGAGUACAGAGCGAUCCACGCUGCCGUCUGGCCUGGGGUGCUCGCAGCGCUGGAGCGGCACCACAUCGUCGACUACUCCAUCCACUACUACCCGCCUUUGCAGCUGCUCGUCGCCAACUUCAAGUACGUUGGUAGCGAUUAUGACGCGGAUAUGCGCGGGAUCGGCGAGGAUCCGGAGACACAAGUUUGGUGGAAGGUGACGGACCGUAUGCAGGAGAGCUUCGUCCCGGGUGCGACUGGAAGUGGAGGUCCCGUCCCGUGGUGGCAGGAACUUGAGGAGGUCUUCCGAUUCGAGGGGAAGACGCAGUGA